AUGUUUAGAAAGAACUUGAAGAAGGACCCGGAGCUGUUUCAGAACGUGUCGGAGGGGCUGAAGCGUCUCUACCGGAAUAAGCUGUUCCCGCUGGAGGACACGUAUCGGUUCCACGACUUCCACUCCCCGGCGCUAGAAGAUGCCGACUUCGACAACAAACCCAUGGUCCUCCUGGUGGGUCAGUACUCCACCGGAAAGACCACCUUUAUCCGGCAUCUCAUGGAGCAGGACUUCCCUGGUAUGCGGAUUGGCCCGGAGCCGACUACGGACUCUUUCAUCGCGGUGAUGCACGGCGAGCAGGACGGGGUGAUCCCGGGUAAUGCUCUGGUGGUCGACCCCAAGAAGCCCUUCCGCAAACUCAACGCCUUUGGCAACGCGUUUCUUAACAGGUUCAUGUGUGCGCAGAUGCCUAACGCCGUCCUGGAGAGCAUCAGCAUCAUCGAUACCCCUGGAAUCCUGUCGGGAGAGAAACAGAGAAUAAGCAGAGGGUACGACUUUGCGGCGGUGCUGGAGUGGUUUGCAGAGCGCGUGGACCGCAUCAUCCUCCUGUUCGACGCCCACAAGCUGGACAUCUCAGACGAGUUCUCCGAGGUCAUCCGAGCCCUGAAGAACCACGAGGACAAAAUGAGGGUGGUGCUGAACAAGGCCGACCAGAUCAGCACUCAGCAGCUGAUGAGGGUCUACGGAGCGCUGAUGUGGUCUCUGGGAAAAAUCAUCAACACACCUGAGGUGGUGCGCGUGUACAUCGGGUCGUUCUGGGCCCAGCCCCUGUUGGUGCCAGACAACAGGAAGUUGUUUGAGGCAGAGGAGCAGGAUCUGUUCUUGGACAUCCAGUCGUUGCCACGUAACGCAGCUCUGCGCAAACUCAAUGACCUCAUCAAACGAGCACGCCUCGCCAAGGUGCAGGCCUACAUUAUCAGCUCUCUGAAGAAGGACAUGCCCAGUGUGUUUGGAAAGGAAUCAAAGAAGAAGGAGUUGAUUGCCAACCUGGGAGAGACCUACCAUAGGAUCGAGAAGGAGCACCAGAUCUCACCCGGAGACUUCCCCAACCUCGUCAAGAUGCAGGAGCUGCUGAACGCCCAGGACUUCACCAAGUUCGCAGCGCUGAAGCCCAAGCUGCUGGAGGCGGUGGAGGACAUGCUCGCCAACGACAUCGCCCGUCUCAUGGCCAUGGUGCGCCAGGAAGAAGCCGCCAUGCCCAGCCAGACCGUGAAAGGAGGAGCCUUCGAGGGAGUCAUGACGGGGCCCUUCGGUCACGGCUACGGAGAGGGAGCCAGCGAAGGCAUCGACGAGCUGGAGUGGGUGGUGGGUCGCGACAAGCCCACAUACGACGAGAUCUUCUACACGCUCUCUCCAAUCAACGGCAAGGUGUCCGGCGCCGCAGCCAAGAAGGAGAUGCUGAAGUCCAAGCUGCCCAACACGGUCCUGGGGAAGAUCUGGAAGCUAGCCGACGUGGAUAAAGAUGGCCUCCUCGAUGAUGACGAGUUCGCCCUGGCCAACCAUCUGAUCAAGGUGAAGCUGGAGGGCCACGAGCUGCCCGCCGCGCUGCCUGAACAUCUGAUCCCUCCGUCCAAACGUGGCUCAUCCCUCGAGGCCUAGAGGGGGAGGAGAAACAGGAAGAGGAGGAGGAGGAGGAGGAAGGACAGCCUGGAGAUCAGCCAUGUCAUCGCUCUUCAUCGUGUUCAGAACUCUCCAAACACAAGCAGGCAUCAUCCUCCAUCAAGCUGUGAGUCUCCAGGCACCAGGAGGACGUAUAGCUGUGAUCUUUUUCACCCAGAGAGAGACUGGAGGGGGGGGGGGUCCAUCUUUGUGCAUUAGGGGAUAAUAUUUAGGUAUCUAUUAGAAUUAACUGGGUGUUGAUUUGCAAACUGAUGAAAGGACAUUGCCGGAUCAUGAACUGAGGAUUGGAAGUUGCAUGAUGGAUUUGUAGAUCCUGUGUAAAAGAUGUCAUCUUAAGUAUACAGUCCAUAUUAUUAUAUGUUGAUCCAAAGAAAUAUAGUUUUUUUUCCCAUUUGGAGAGAGAAAGAGGAAAUAAAUCAAAACUGUUUAGAAUUGUUUUAUCUAUAUUUUUGUAUUUCCUGUCUGUUAACUUUGACUCUUUCCAAAUGCUUCCCUUUUUAUUAUUUUGCCAGAUAAAUAAAAAGGAAUACUGUACCAUCUGA